AUGCAGUCUGUGGCCUUAUGUCUUGCAGAUCAUGAUGUCUCAUUUCUGCCUGCCACAGCAAGUAGAAAUGCAACGCCGUCACGGUUUUCUUCUCUUUAUUGCAACCAAGGUCGGAGAGAAACAGAAUUAAACAGGAUUAAAUAG